CUUCUGGCCGAAUCGGACGUACCGCUGCACUCGAUCAACUUAGCGUGGUACCUGUGGCUUUCGCGUGUGUUACCUGUACCUGUAUUUCGGCUUUACAGUUACUAACGAGUUAUGUGCGCUUGAAUGCCAAAUUUAAUUGCCGCUCUUUGCAUGCUCGUCGGCAGCAAUUUGAAAACGUUUUCGUGGAGCGAUUAGGAAACUACUUUCGUUUUCCCCCCAACUUUCCAUUUUCUUGCUAUCCAGCUUGCCAUUGAAAAAAGUGUCAAAGCCCAGGUACUAACCACCCAAAUCAGACAACAUACAUUUGGAGAGAAAAAAAGUCGUGAAAAAUAUAAAGUUGCGAAACGCGUGUGAAUUUAUCGAUUUUCUGAUUAUGGCUCUCAUGGACACCGCCUGGCGUUGUCGCCUCAUGAUCUUCGGCGUCGUCUCGCUGCUGCUUGUGGGCGAUCUCUUUGUAUACGGCGGCGGCAUGAAGUCCAACCACCCCACUCCCCACUCGGUGAGAGCGGCGGGCGGUGAGGGGGCGGCAGGUGCCCCAACGGGUCCGGCGGCUGCAGCGGCCAGCAAGUUCCAGGCCAAAAAUGCCGAAAUCGACAUAACCGAAGAGCACGAAUUUAAUGAGCUCUCCGCAGCGGCUCAAUCCCUGAAGCCGGGAAUGGCGGUGGUGACUGGAGCGAGUCUGAAGACCAAGUCCAAACUCACGGACACCAUCAAGGAGUCGUGUCUUCCCAAGAUGCUCUGCGAACUGGCCUCCAAGCCGGAGUACCAGCUCAGCGAAAAGGAGCGUGAGCUGCUCAGACUGAUCAGAUCUCCAACAAUGCCCUGGAUGAUGAACAUGCCGCCCAGCAAAUGGUAUUUCGCGGCCCACAUGGGCGAGCUUAUGCGUCACACCAGCGACAAUCUCAGCGGUCCGAUGGGAUGCGCCAAUCUCUGGCCCAACUGCCCCAUCAGCUCCAAGAAGCUGAUGAAGCUCAGCUACAAAGUGAGGGCCUAGCCACUGGAUCCGCACCUUAAGUAUUAGGAUGUAGGCCGCCUCAACUUCUGUACCAUAUGUCUUCACCGUUCGAUUUAGCUUGUAGCUAUCUUAUAAGCUACCCUAUACACUACCUUGUAAAUUACCUUAAAUUUAGAUUAGACCUUACUCCCGACUUGACUGAAGUGACUGUAGAACUGUAACCUCUUGUAUCCGCAUCUGCUGGCUGCAAGUCCUAGGUAGCUUGUAAUUACAUAUAGUACGUGUGACUAGUCACGAUCUGAUUUAGCGUUACGCCUAGUCGUAAGUUGGAUGCUCCUUUAAUUGUUAAUAAAUUACACUCUUGUGUGCAAGCUCCCUAA